ACGACGAAAACUUAUCGUUAGAAUUCAAAUCUUUAUGUAUUAACUUUAAAACACACACAAAGAAAAUCUAUUUUUAGAUAAGAAAACAGAGUUUUCGUUCUAAAAAACAGAGUCAAAAUGUAAACAGAUCUAAUAUAUAUACAAACAGAAACUAAAAGGACAAAAGUUUUAUUAUUUUUUGAACAAAGAAAAAAUCAAAAUUUUAGUAUGAAAACAGAGGAAAAAUCCUGAUUAGGAUUUGAUGACCAAAUAAAUAUUUUAAUUCCUUAAUUAUUUAACAAAACAAGAAAGUAGCCCUGCGACAUUUAACCGAAUCCGAUUACCCGAACCAGAACCGACCCGAAAUUGAAUCGGUUCGGAUCGGAUCGGUUAAAGGAAAUUAUACCCAUGGACCAAAUUAGAUUUAACCGUGGAUUGCGGGUCGGGUCGGAUUUUUACCCGGUUUAUUUCGGAUACCUGGGUUAACCCGAACAUUAAUUAGGCAUGUUUUAUUUUUACCGUUGUGCUUCACGCAUGUGUCUCUCAAGUCUCAACACUUCACCCGAGUCGUCUCUUCGAAUUCAUCCCCAAUUCCAAAACCUAGCCUGCAAUUAGAGAUCGAGAAUCGAGAAAAUGAGUCUACAAAAAGGGCAAAUCGUGUUAGUUGCACCCACAAACCUUCAAUCCUUACAGAAAAUCGACGAUUGUUUCCCAUCUCCAUCAUCUGCAUCAUCGAGAAUUCAAUCGGAGAUGGCUUCUUCUGACACUCAUCAAGAAGAAAACAACAAUCAACCAAUGGAAGAGGACGUUUCUUCUGAUGAAGACAUGGAAACACUGGGUAGCAACUACAAAAGGAACGAGAGAGAUGAAGAGGGUAUUGGUAGUUCUGGUUUAGGGUCAAGGAAAAAGACCAGGUCUUUUGUCUGGAAACAUCUCACCAGACUGAAAGACGACUACGACAGAUGCAAAUGUCGCUACUGUGGGAAAGAGAUGCCUUGUCCAAGUAAGUCCGGGACAACUAACCUCAGGAAGCAUAUACUUGGGUGUAAGGGAUUCCUCGCAUGGAAGGCUGCAAAAGCGUCGAAAGGGAAGGGUAAACAGACAGAGUUAACUCCUGAUGAAGAAGGCAAUCUGACUUUGUACAAGGUGUCUGAAGAUGUUUUCAAAGAGGCGACAGAUGAGUUGAUUGUAUUAGCCGAGUUGCCUUUGGCUUUUAUUGAAAGCUUGGCGUGGAGAAGCUUCUGCUUAAAGGUUCAGCUCCAUACACCGGUUUGUAGGAAGACAUCAACAAAGCAAAUUGUGGCCAUGUAUGCAUCAAGGAAAGCGAAGAUGAAGAAAGUUCUUGGACAGAACAAACAAAGGUUAUCUCUGACGACAGACAUCUGGGUUGCUCCGUACACUUCAGCAAGCUACAUGGUGAUCACUGCUCAUUUCGUAGAUGCGAGUUGGAAGCUUCAGAAGAUGAUAAUAGGGUUCAAGAAUGUUGAUGAUCACAAAGGGUCUACAAUUGCCAAAGUUCUGAUUGAUUGUCUAGCUGAAUGGGAUAUAAGAAGAGUCUUUUGCAUCACGGUGGAUAACGCAACGGCUAACACAUCAGCUAUGAAGAAGUUCAAGGAAGAUUUUAUGAGUCAGGGUGAAGAUGCUCUAGUCUUGAAUGGAGAAUUCUUGCACAUCAGGUGUGCGACACAUAUCUUGAAUCUAAUUGUCAAGGAAGGCUUAGCUGAAAUCGAUGAUAGUGUUAUUGCCAUUCGGAAUGCUAUUCAGUACGUGAGGUCUUCAACAAAUCGUCUCAAGUCCUUUGAAUUUCGGGUUGAAAGUGGGAAGAUGACUAGAGGAAGUCUGCCAUUAGAUGUGAAGACCAGAUGGAACUCGACAUAUCUCAUGUUAGACCAAGCUUUGAAGUUUCGCCUAGCAUUUGAGAAGAUGGAGUCUGAAGACAAACCGUACAAUGACUAUUUCAUGGAGAUCACAGAUGGUAAAAAGAGGAUUGGACCACCAUCAAAAUCAGAUUGGGAAGAGGUUGAGAGGUUGGUACACUUUCUCGUGAUCUUUUACAAUUCUACUUUGGUACUCUCAGCUUCGAAAUCCAUCACUUCACACAAGAUCUACAAUGAGAUUGUCACUAUCACUAGGAAUGUUUGUAAGAUAAGCAACGCACAAGGUCCUGAUGAUUCAUUAAGGUACAAGGCGUUGUCUAUGAUGGGGAAGAUAAGGAAAUACUGGAAUCCGUUCGUGGAAGAAGAUGAAGCUGAGAAGAGCAAGUUUAAGAGCUGUAAAAUGAACAAGCUCAUCAUAGUUGCAAAUGUCUUUGACCCAAGAAAGAAGAUGAACUUUGUUAAUCUCUGCUUUGAGAUGUUGUAUGGUAAAGAAAGCAUCGAGUAUACUCUGCUUUCUGAAUCAGUUUUGGAUAUCUUGAAGAAGCUUUAUGAUGAGUACAGUCUUCGAGGGUCAGGUGGGUCACAGUCACAAGGAGGAUCAUCUUCUCAGACCCAAGAUCAAGAUGCUGGUGCAGCUUUUGAGUCAAGAGAUCUUGGUAAUGGCAUUGGAUAUGAAAGAAUGGAUAACCUCUACGAAGAGCUUAUACAAGAAGCAGGUACACAUGAUUCUAGCAAUGAGUUAGAAUUGUAUCUGAAAGAGAAAGUUGAGACCACAAAGCCUAUGGUUGGAACCGAGUAUGAUGUUCUAUCAUGGUGGAGAAGAAACAGUCCGAAGUUCCCAACCUUGUCUCGAGUUGCUGCUGAUAUUCUAGCUGUCCAGGUAUCAUCUGUAGCAUCAGAGAGUGCGUUUAGCACUAGUGGGAGAGUCCUAGACACAUAUAGGAGCUGCUUGACACAUUUUAUGGUUGAGGUGUUGGUUUGCACACAGCAGUGGUUGAAAUCAGAGAAGCAUAUGAAGGAGAAAGGCGUUCCUACUAUCGAGCAACUACUUGAAACUGUGGAGUUAGAAGAUGAUCUCAUGAGAGCCAAUGAACCUGAAUUCAACGUCCAAGAAUUGCCAUAGACUUGAGUAAGAAGUGGCAAGUGGCUACCUCAUUUGAAGUUCAAGAAGACUUUCUUUGUGUUGUGUGUUUGUUUCAGUUAAAUCAUAUCUUUCUUUGUGUUGUUGUGUUUGUUUUUUUGCCUCAUUUUCGGUGUGUUUUAGAACACAAUGUUUCAUUUUCCAUGAUUCUAAAACUAUGUUUGCUUUCUCAUUUGUUGGUGUUCGGAUAAUUUGAUGAGGUUUCGGUUUU